AUGCGUCAAAAAAUGUUACCAGAAAGACAUCCUUGUCAAGCUACUACAUACAGUAAUAUAGGUGAUGUUCAUCGAUUAAUGGGAGAUUAUGAAAGGGCAAUUUCAUGUCAUCGAAAUGCAUUAAAUAUUCAAGAAAAUAUUCAAUGUAAUGCCCUUGAAUGUGCAACAACAUAUACAUAUUUAGGUGAAACUUAUCGAGAAAUAAAAGAUUAUUCAACAGCAUUGACUUAUCUUCAAAAAGGAUUACAAAUACGUGAAAGUAAACUACCAAAGGAUCAUCCUGAAAUAGCUGUUAUCUACCACAGUUUGGCGAAAUUAUAUUUAGCUAUUGGAGAGUAUAGUAUGGCCACGAAAAAUGUUCAACAAGCGGUAGAAAUUGCUCAAGAAAAACUGCCUUCAAAUCAUCCUCAUCUUUUAGACUACAAAGAAACAUUUGAAGAAAUUCAAAAGAAGCUGUAA